AUGGCUUUUAUGGACAAACAGCAAUGGGAAGAAGCCAUUACUACAGCCUUGCAAUCUUCUGGAACCUUAGCCUCUAUGUCAACAGCAAAUACCCUUGCGAUUAUUGACAUUGUUGACGAACGCUCAGCCUAUUACUGUCUUGUUGAUGCGUCUUGGAUCCCACUUCUCAGUGAGCAGGUAUUGAAUGGUCCUUAUUCAGCAAAGAAGGUGUCCAACUGCUACAUGGAAGUGCUUCUAUAUCCCCAACUCAAACAGUGCUUGAAGCAGAAGCGAUGGACUUGUUAA